AUGCCUGCCCCUAGUCGACGACCAGAUAGCCAAGGAGACCGGCCACUGGGCCCCGUGGAGCUAUCCACCAGUGUGCGCCUAUCCCUUAGACGAGGGGACCGAAAAUACUGCACCUUCACAUACCACGGGUUCCGGGGCGACCUAUCCAUCUCCAUCAUCACGUCGCCCGAAACCGCAGCCGAGGCAACCACGCUCCUCGAAGAGCACAAUCCGCAGUGGACCGGCCACAAGGGAGCCGGUGACGUCACGGUAGGAGGGGAGCUGAUUAUGGACGAGUGGGCGGUGCUCGUGGGGAUGCUGAACGCACCACCGGGCAUCGACCGGUCCCAUCUCAAGAUUUUGGACGCGUUUGCGUUUGAGAGGCUAGGUGACCAGCAGAGGAAGAGGGUUUCGGAGAUGGCGACGGCGCCGGAUAGGGAUAUGAUUAAUGGCAUAUUUCAUACGAAUUCGUUUGGUAUUACGUUGGCCGAUGAAGCAAACCAUCGUGCUCUAUUCCCAGAGAUCGCGAGAAUCAACCACGACUGCAGACCGAGUUGCCACGUUCGGUACUCCCGUCAUGAGUUACGGAUGGAGGUCUUUGCGUACCGCGAUAUCAAGGCUGGAGAAGAGCUCAGCGUUGCCUACACUCCUUUGAAUCUCCCCACGAAGGCCCGUCAAGAAGCUAUCCAGGGAUGGGGAUUCAACUGCACCUGCAGCCUGUGCACCGAGCCCGAGCUAAGCGAGACCUCAGACCGUAACAGGCAGCGGAUCCAGGACCUCGUACGCGACAUGGCCAAGGUGGAGAACCGGAACCGGGACGCCAUGCGAGUCAUCACCGACCAGCUGGUGGCUCUGAUGGAGACGGAGGAGCUAACAGCCAUGAUGGGGACCUGUACGGCAUGCUCGCCGUGGCGUAUUCCAAGCUGA